AUGAAAGAAUACGGUUCAUCUAAACUGCUCAAGACAAUUAUUCAACAAGAAGUCAUCACCAAUGCGGAGCCUCCUAAGAAAUUCAAAGUUAAUGAUUAGUAUAAACCCUCAGAGAAUAUUAUUAUAUCAUAAUAUGCUUAAGAGGAUCAUAAAAAAGAAAAAAAAACUUUGGAUGACAUUAUUCCAAUAGAUCCUCAAAUUCCAGUUGUAGAGACAAAGAAGCAUACAGAAAAACCAGUAAAAAAACACGAACAAACACAAGAAAGUCUUGUUGAUGAUCUACAAAAUAUUAAUAUUGUUGCUUGUGAGGAAUAUUCCCACUUGAGACCAGUCAUACUUGGAGAGAUAGAAGAAGAGAACAUAAAACAAAAAAAGAGUUUUUUAUAAGCAUUACGCGAUGGUCAUUGCAUUAUAUAAUUGCCAAACAAAUUACCUUUCCAUGACAUAGGAAAAACAUAAAAAUAUGUUGAAGAGGUUAAAGGAGAUUAGGCGCAAAAAUAAUUAAAAGAUUAUUAUGAUGAAUGUUAUGAUAGUAGUGGAAUUCAAUUAUAAAAAUAAUUCACAAAUCUGAGUAAUAAAGCCGACGUGGGUAUACAUAUAGGAAAGAUUUCAAUUGCUGCUGAUGGAUCUGCCAUUUGGAAAGCUGGAAGGGAAGAAUUUGAAAUUGUUUAAGGAAUAACCUAGGAUUUAGAUUAAAAAUGUUUGAUCAUCAAUAAAGAAGAUGGUAAAUGUGGGUUCAUCAAAGUGGGUGAAAAAUUUGUUAUAACUCCUAAUUAUUGAAGUUCAUUUUAAAUAAUAAUAUAUUCAGUAAAUUAUAUGAAUU